ACAUCUUUCCAAAGCCCUAGUUCACCAAUACUCCAUCACAUAUAAAUGCCUCUGUCCUUUGCUCACUCCAUAUUCCAACGACUCUCCGCUGUGCGGCCGCCACUGCUCUACGCCGCCAUAUGGACGGUUCUUCUGAUGGCGAUGGUGGCAGUGGCCUCGUUCGCAACCGAGAUUUCUUUUGUCUCCGCCGUAUCGCCGUCUUCAUCCUUCUCGCGGUCUUGUAAUGCAGGUGGAUUAUUCAUCAGGAUUCCGAUGGACGUUCCCGGAGAGAUGCUGUGCGUGCCGGCGAAGCUGGUGAAGAGGUCCGUGUUCGACUUUUUGGUGCCAACCAUUUUCGCAGCUACGGUUGUGGCCGGUUCGGUUUGCGUCCUUCGAUCCUUGUGCUUGUGGGAAGACUCAGUAUGAGCAAAUUAUUAUUAUUAUUAUUAUUUGUUUUUUUUUGUAUGAGCAAUUGAAAUGGUCAUUUCAAAUAGUCAAAAAUGAUUUGCUACUUACUCCUUCUGGUCAUAGCAUUCGCGUGCACUGCACGUGAUCUAUAGUGUUUUACUACCGCACGUGGUCAUAAUUGUAAGCCUUGCA